GUGGAAGAGGAAAAGGAACCUAUGGAUAUAAUAACCAUGCCUGUGGAAGAGGAAAAGGAGCCUAUUGAUAUAAUUAUGCUUGUGGAAGAGGAAAAUGAACCUAUUAAUAUAACAACUCUACCCGUGGAAGUGGAAAAGGAACCUAUGGAUAUAAUAGCUAUGCCUGUGAAAGAGGAAAAGGAAUCUAUGGAUAUAAUAAAUAUGUCUGUGGAAGAGGAAAAGGAACCUAUUGGUAUAAUGAUGCCUGUGGAAGAGGAAAGGAAACCUACUGAUAUAACUUUGCCUAUGGAGGAGGGAAAGGAUCCUAGCAAUAUAGUACCUGUGCCAGUGGUUGAGCAAAAGGAACCUAUUGAUUUAAUAACUAUGCCUCUGUUAGAGCAAAACAAACGUGAUGAUUUAAUAACUGUGCCUCUGGCAACACAAAUGGAAAAGUGUUACUUAUUAGAUCAAGCUGAAGAACCACUAGCAACUUUAGCAGACUUGGUCACAGAUAAACAGAAGACAACAGAAGUGGAGCCAAUCACUCAUACCAUAGAGACAGAACGAAUACCACAUAUACCAUUGGCUGAGACAGAGUCUCCAGGUAUUUUUCAUCCAACAGAAGCAACAUGGAGCCUCUCUACAAACACUGAAUCUGACAACUCUCCAACAGACAUAAGAGAAGCAUCAAGUAAGCCUCUUUCAUUACCCGCUGAUGAUCAUCUACAACAACACAAGACUGUCACUACUGAUUAUCUUCCAGGGAAAACUGUGAACCCAGCAGAAGCCACAGGAAUUACUGCAGAGACAAUAACCUUUUCAGAUGAAGGGAUCAAAGGAACUAUUCAGCCUUUAUCAAGUAAAAACCUAUGUGAGGUUAAUGACAAACCUGAUUUGCUUAUAGGCCCUACAAAGAUAGUAGAUUCCUGGCUAACCAGUCAGAAGUCGGAGAAGGAACAGUGGGUGCUUGUGGAGAAAGAGGAACUUGCAGAUUUCAAGGAAGAGGGAGAAGAUAAGCUGCCAAGGCCAGCCAGCCUAAAUCAAGAAGGAGAUAACCAAGAGGAACCCAAGGCAGAGGAAGAGGCAGUAGAAAGGGCCUCGGUGUGCAGCACUCUGAGUGACCCGCAACUGGCAGGAAAAAGCAGUAGUGAGACCAGUACUCCUGAAGAACUUAGAACUUAUGAAGAUUCUAGUUCCGGAGUGGAAUCCCACUCAGAUGAUGUAGCCACAUCACCACAAACCACACUAACUCCUGACCCAGAUCUAGGUAUCCACAUGGGCCAGGAAGAAGGGUCAGACACCCCAGCAGGAACUCCAGCCUCAAAGAGCAAUCGGGCACCUCAUCCUCUCCAGAAUGCCAGCCUUGAGGAGCUCUCUGAAGGGACUUCUCUCUCUAGUGUUAUUAAAUCCUCAGAGGAUAACACAAUAGCCCAUAAAAUGGAUAUGACUGCUUUACAUGCCCCCAGGUUUCAUCAGUUUCCAGAGAACAAGGAUAUGAAGAGAGAGCAGAAGAAAGAGGUCCCCUGAGAGGUGAACCCAUCCCUAUCCCUUCUCCUGCAGACGGGUUAUACACUAUCUACGAGACUGACCAUGGACCUCAAGAGCGCAGUCCCAGAGGGGCGGAACUGGGGCUGGUGGAGCAUAUCAUCGGGAGAACUUUGUUCCUGGCUGCCUCAGAAGGCGGGUUAAAGGGAGGAGUCAAGGGUCAGGUUGAACUGGGAAAGUGGGCGGAACUGUUGUCUCCUUUGGAUGAAUCACGUGCUAGCAUCACAUCUGUCACCAGCUUUUCUCCUGAAGGUGAGGUGUCCUCACAAGGCGACUGGACAGUAGUGGAGGUGGAAACAUUCCACUGA